UGUACGCGUCUGGACUUAACAGUAACGCGCCGGUGUCGCGUCUGCAAACACCUGAAAUGGCGGAUUACGAGUCUGACAGUGACGAAGGUGAAGCCGGACUAGGAAAUGUUACAAGAGUAAUCAUGAGGCCGGUUGGUCAUAGUGGCAAAGCAAAAAAAGGACAUUUGUGUUUUGAUGCUUCGUUUGAAACCGGAAAUUUGGGGAGAAUCGAUUUGGUGUGUGAAUACGAAUACGAUCUGUUCAUACGGCCGGACACCUGCAACCCGAGGCAUAGACUGUGGUUUAAUUUCGUCGUGGAAAACACGAGGCAAGAUCAAAACGUUAUAUUCAACAUCGUCAACAUCAGCAAUAAAAACAACCUUUUCAAAAACGGGAUGACUCCCAUAGUGAGGAGUACUAGCCGAAACACGUGGUCUCGCAUACCGGUAUACAGGGUGCACUACCACCGAUCGUUGUACCAUGACAACAACUACGUUCUCAGCAUAUUAUUUUCAUUCGACAAGGAGGACGAUAGCUAUCAAUUUUCGUACUCCUAUCCGUAUUCGUACACUCGGCAACAAAACUAUUUGUCACUGAUUGAAAAAAAGAAGCUGCCUUACUUCAAACGUGAACUACUAGGACAAUCGAUCCAAAACAAAAGAUUGGACUUGGUUACUAUAACUAAUCCAAAGAAUAUGAAUCCAACUGAAAAAGUACACGUAGUUGUGAUAUUAGGAAGAGUUCACGGAUCCGAAACGCCUAGUUCCUAUGUCUGUCAAGGGAUUAUUGAAUUUUUGAUUAGCAACCAUCCAGUCGUAGUACGUCUUCGAAAAAAAGUCGUCUUUCAACUAAUACCGAUGAUGAACCCCGAUGGAGUCACUUUAGGAAAUUCUAGGACCAAUUUGCUGGGCAUUGACUUGAACAGAGCUUGGCACAAGAUAUCGCAAUGGGUCCAUCCGAUAUUGUACGCUGUUCACAAUCACUUGAUAGAAAUCGAAAAGCACGAGAACAUGGAACUCGAUCUAGUAAUCGACAUGCACGCUCAUUCGUCUCUUCACGGUGUGUUUACUUACGGGAACGCAUACGACGAUGUGUACAGGUACGAAAAACAUAUACUGUUUCCGAAAUUGUUGUCCCAGCACAUUGAAGGGUACGAACAAUCGCACUCACUUUGUAACAGAGAUUUUAAAAAAUGUGGAACGUCACGGAGGUUUUUGUGUCAAUCGCUGAAGGAAAAAGUCAAUUGUUAUACGCUGUUUGUAUCGCAGUACGGCUUCAGCGUUUCACCGAAAACUAUGAUUCCUUUCACGGAAGAUUCGUUUUACACCAUCGGCCGGUGCGUGGUGCUUGCGUGUUCCGACUACUUCAAAUCGACCGGCGUGCUGACUCCGCAAGACGCCGCCGUUAAGUGCGUCAAGAAACGAGAUAGGAAACGGAAAACCGUGUUGUACCGGCAGCGUGAGGCUCACCCGUCGUUCAAGAGGAAAAUCAAAAAGAAAUCGCUAGCGUUGAAAAGGGUGGAUAUAAAGGACUCGUUUCGCAGCAUUCUAACUGGCUCGCGGCGCCCGUCCGAGGAUCCGAACAGGACUAACGCCAACAGGCGGAAAAUGCGAUUCGUGGACCUGUCGAAGACCGUCGACAAUCGGAGAUCGUCGAUCGCUGCGGACCGCGAGAACUCCGCCGCUCCACACGCAUUUUCGAUCAUAAACGUCAACGACAUCAUACGAGACACGGACGCUUUGCUCAAGUUCUGACGUGCUGGCGUCUCGUAACUUGUGUUAUAAUCAUAGACUCGUAGAAAUAGACGGUACAUAUUACGUGCCCAGAGAACUGGAAAGCGUUGCCGUGCCAAAAGGAUUGAGAGAGAUAGCUUGAAUUUAUCAUAAAAGUGAGAGGAACGGAAGUAUAUACAGUUCCGAAGACAGUCAAUUCGUUAUUGGUACUCGUAACAAGCUCCACGAGCUAUACUUACACGAGCGCAUUAUCAUACCUAAUUUUUCGUCUAUUUCCAUAAGUCUAUGGUUCUAAUACGAGUAUACAACCUGCUGUAGUAUUAACCAACAUGUCAUAUGGGUACCUAAAUAUAUGGUGUCAAAACCGCAGGAGGGUAUUGAGAAGGGGAAGGACUUAUUUCAAACACCCUGACCGAAUUUUCACUGACGUGAGCAUUUUUAUUUUUUUUAAGGACACUUCGAACGUUUUCUUCGUAUUAUCUCUGCAGGAUACCUGCGGCAACGUCGGCACAUGUCUGAAUGGGAUGUCGGCGGGGUCUCUCCCUAAGUCUUUUUUAUAUAUACGUAUAUUUAGUUUUGGUUGAGCUGUAAUAAAUUAAAUUGUUUCUCUUUUCAAUAUUUUCAGCGUUUUUCCUUAUUAUGGCUAGUUAAUUUCUGUGUAUGUUAGGUUUUUAAAUAAAUGAUGAAUUGUAAAGGUAUAACCUAUACAAACAAUUAAAAUUAAAUCACGUAAUACUUAAGACUUUUACUACCUACCUAUGCAAUUUACAAAUAAAAAUUUGUUUUAAAAAUCAUUAUUAAAUGUUAUUAUUAUUUUAUAUUUUGAUAUAUAAGUAUUUUCGGAGUUUCAUAACUCGCCUCAAUCAGGAACACAGAAUCCACCACUGACUUUAAUGUAAUAAUAUUAUAUCCAUUUUGUAUAGCGAUUAUAAUAACAAUUUAUUGUAAUUUGUAAUGAUUCUCCCUCCGACAGAAACUCUAGUGGUUCCUCUUGAUUAUAGUUUAUAGUUUAUUAUGUGACAUAUACACACUUAGUGAAAUCGAUAUUUUCAAGGAGUGGAAAUCCACUCCGCGAGAUAGUUGUUAGUCCCUACGUUGGAACCGUCUAUAGGGGUGGUGCAAUUUUUUUUAAAAUUAUUAUUAGAUAUUAGCAUUUUUUUUACAAAAUAGAUAGAAUAAUUUUAUCCG